AAAAAAUCCAGCGCACCUCGACAUCGCUCUGCGAGCACACAAGGCAACAUAUAACAGAGUCCAGUUCAGCUCAGCAGCGCACAACAUGUCCUAUGCCCAAUCUCCAUACGCAAGCCAGGGCCUCGGCUCGCGGCCGUCAGCAUUCGGCAGCGGCGGUGGCCCGUCGUCGGGUGGCGUAGGUCGAGGCGGCAGCGGCAGCAGCAACCCAGAUUCGCCGCUGGAGCAGCUGCGUGCGAUCACCUCCAAGGUGGAGGACUACAUUGACAUGUACACACACCCUAUCAAGCCCUACCUCCCCGCGCUUGGACGCUUCCUCAUCGUCGUCACCUUCCUCGAGGAUGCGCUGAGGAUCAUGACCCAGUGGAGCGACCAGAAGUUCUAUCUGCAGAAGCACAGGCACUUUCCCUGGGGCAUUUCACAUCUCUUCCUCCUUUCCAACGUCAUCGUCAUGCUUGCCGCGUCGUUCUGCGUCAUCGCGCGCAAAUACCCCGAGAUCAGCAUCGGUGCCUUAUUCGGUGUCGUCGUCGUCCAGGGCUUCGGCUACGGCCUGAUUUUUGACCUGAACUUCUUCCUGCGCAACCUCUCCGUUAUCGGCGGCCUGCUGAUGGUCCUGUCCGACUCGCUGAGCAAGAAGCGCAACAUCUUCGCUGGCCUGCCGUCCAUCAGCGAGACGGACCGCAAGAUCUACUUCCAGCUCGCUGGAAGAGUCUUGCUUAUCUUCCUCUUCAUCGGCUUCAUCCUCCAUGGUCAUUGGAGCAUCCUCCGCAUCAUUGUCGCCAUCCUCGGCCUUGGCGCGUGUAUCAUGGUCGCUGUCGGCUUCAAGGCGAGGUGGAGCGCCUCCUUCCUCGUUCUCCUGCUGUCUAUCUUCAAUCUCUUCGUCAACAACUUCUGGUCGGUCCACGCAAUGCAUCCCUCGCGCGACUUUUUGCGGUACGACUUUUUCCAGACGCUCUCCAUCGUCGGCGGGUUGCUUCUACUCGUCAACAUGGGUCCCGGAGGCUACUCGAUGGACGAGCGCAAGAAGGCUACGUGAGCGCGCCCAGCUUGCAAGGGGUAGGAGCAGCGUAGUGCAGAACGUAGCGCAAGAUCGUGGCUGUUUCUUGGGGACGUAAAUGCAUACAAGGAAGGCAGGCACAGAGAGAGAGAGAGAGCGCGCGCGCGCAGAUCUGCCGAAGCAAGGAGGCGGGCAAGGUAGCGAGGAAAGGGGAGCGAGUGAGCGAGCGGAAAGCACUUGGGUUGUAGCUCAAGCAACAAAUUACACGAUCCGAUCCGGUACGAUGCAAUACGGGUGGCAGCAGGUGGCCAUUGGACCGACAUGUCAUGAAAGGC